CAGUAUAGCCGCUACCGAACAUACGAACGGCCACCUACUUCAAGUGACUAUGCCGCUCAAAACUACAGUUAUCGGCAGCUACCCAAAGCCGCCAUACCUUGAUGUACCGUCAUGGUUUGACGUGCAAGAACCCAGUUUACUAUUUGCAAAGUAUGGACAGUUUAAAGCCAUCACGGAAAGCACUGCGGGAUUGCAGCAGCUCCACCUCAGAGCUUUGACUGAUGUUUUAAAAGAACAAGCAGAUAUAGGGAUCGAUGUCGUUACUGACGGUGAGCUUGACCGAGAGAGUUACGUAUGGUAUUUAUGUCGUCAUUUAAGAGGAAUCAGCUUUGACAACUUGGAGAAGUGCAGUUAUCGAAACGGAGCAUGUGUGAGCGUUCUGCCGAAAGUAGUCGGUCCGAUAGAGGCGGGUGAUGAUUGUGAAGUUAUUGUCAAGAAAUGGAUCGAAGCACAGGCGAUUUCAUCCAAACCCGUUAAGGCAACUAUUCCAGGACCGUUCACCAUUAUUGGGACAACACAAAACAAGUUUUACAGUGAUGAAAAACAACUCAGCUUAGACCUGGUGACUGCGAUACAGAAAAUCAUGAAAGGACUAGCCGAUGCCGGGUGCAAACACAUACAGCUUGACGAACCAGUGUUUAUGCGCGAUGUAACAAAGUGUCUGGAUUAUGGGAUUGAACAUGCAUCGAAAUGUAUCGACGGUCUUGGGAAUGACGUCACAAAGACUAUACAUCUGUGUUGCGGUUACCCACAGUACUAUGAACAAGAAAACUACAUGAAGGCUGAACCGGAAGGAUACUUUCAAAUUGCAGAUGCCAUCGACAGAGCAGGAUUUGACGAAGUUUCCAUCGAGGAUGCCCACUGCCGAAAUGACUUGAGUCUGCUACGACACUUUAAGAUGUCUAGAAUCAUCCUAGGAUCAGUGACUAUUGCAAGCAGCAAGGUAGAGUCAGUUGAUGAAAUACGCGAGAGGCUAAAGAAUGCUCUUCAGUUCAUCCCCAGUGAUCGACUCGUCGUGGCUCCGGAUUGUGGAUUGGCGUUUCUUCCACAUGACAUCAUGAGACAAAAGUUAUUGAACAUGGUAGAAGCUGCAAAAUCACUUCCCAUGCUUAAAGACAAUGGACACCUUUGACAAAAAAUUUGAACUCAAAAUUGGUCGUCGAAGUUGCGAGAUAAUAAUGAA